UCCCACUUUUUGUUUAAUUUCCUUAUAUCACUCCUCUUUAUCAUCACCCUCUUUUUAUCCCCCUCUUUUAUCUUGACUUUAAUCUCCACGCCUUCUUCCCAUUACUUCAUUACAUUCUCAAGAGAAAAACCCAGAGCCAAAAAAAUGGCCAAAUUAUUGCUGUUCAUUGCACUAUUUGUGGUUCCAUGUCUUGUUAGUGCUACACGCAUGGUGAAGAACCCGUUGGUGGUUCAAGGUCAAGUUUACUGUGACCAUUGCCGUGCUGGGUUUGAAACACCAAAGACUAGAAACAUGGCUGGUGCCAAGGUUAAGGUGGUAUGUUCCAACCGGAAGACCGGUGAUGUCGUGUACGAGAAGGAAGGACACACGGACUCAACCGGACAAUACAAGAUCGCUGUCUCCGAGGAUCAUUUGGAUGAGAUCUGCGACGCUGUUCUCGUUAAGAGCUCGCAGCCGGAGUGCGCUGAAAUGUCACCGGGACGUGAACGUGCACGCGUGGUCUUGACCAACUUCAACGGCAUUUCAUCCAACACCCGUUUUGCCAACGCAAUGGGGUUCAUGGCCAACAAGGCUGAAGCUGGCUGUGCUGAGGUAAUGAAGGUGUACCAGGAGGAAGAUGAUUAGAGUGGCGGUCUGUGAAGUCUAAUUUACUUACUAGUUUGGCAUAUAUGAAUAUGAACAUGAAUACGACAUGCGUGCUGUUUUCUCUGAAUUCUAUUGAAUUUCUAAUAUAAAAUAUGCGAUUUCUUCUGUCAGGAUCUUUGUAUUUUUUUUAUUAUUUAUUUGGAAGACCUGUGUUCAAUAUUUGUAUUUGAAUACAAAUAUAUGAUAUUAUUUUAUUCAAAUUAAUGGAAAAUGUGAAGACAAUUGAUUCAUAA